AUGUCGACCAUCACACGAACACUACGGAACCUGUGGAGGAUUGGCUUCAAGGAAUAUGGUCACCAGCUACAGUAUAUAGGUGACACCAAAGCCGGUGUUUUGAUAGGAACCGACCGAUUCGGCAACAAAUACUACGAAAACUUACAAGAAGAGCUCCCUCUGCGGACACGAUGGGUCGAUUACAGUGCCAAAGAGUACGACCCCAGUGCGAUCGAACCGGGCUGGCAUGCGUGGAUAAGCUACUUGGUCGACAAGCCACCCGUCGAAGAUAAAAUCAUGGAAAUUGGCCAAAGACCUUGGGAGCCCAAGGAGCCCAGGCUCAACAUGAGCAUGAGCAGAGGCGCUUACAGGCCCUAUUCGACGACGAAGCCGAAGUAUAGUGCCUGGAACCCUGUUGCAAAACCCCGAGACGGCUCGACACCCUUCGCGGGAAGAGAUGUUCGAGAAGGGGGAGAGUUUGAACCAAAGGCAUAA